CAUUGAAUUGCAUAUUUAAAUCUCCCUCUCCAAUCGUUUUGUAGUUUUGGGCAACUCUUCUCCUACUCCAUGGCUUCUGAUCUAUCUUCCAUUUUUGUUAUCACCUUCUUCGCUAUCUCAUUUGUGAAUCAUACACCAAUUCACCUGGUGCUUGCAAAAAAGCCUUGUCAAUUUCCAGCAAUAUUCAACUUCGGCGACUCAAACUCCGAUACCGGCGGCUUGUCAGCCGCAUUCGGCCAAGCUCCUCCUCCUAAUGGACUCUCUUACUUUGGCGGCCCCGCUGGCCGCUAUUGCGAUGGUCGCCUCGUGAUCGACUUCAUAGCCGAGAGCCUUGGGUUACCCUAUCUAUGUGCAUUUCUCGACUCCGUGGGGACCAACUUUAGCCAUGGAGCUAACUUCGCCACCGCGGCAUCCACCGUUAGACCUCAAAACAUAACCUUGAAUCAAGGCGGUUUCAGCCCCAUCUCCUUAAACGUUCAAUUUUACGAGUUCAAUGAUUUUCACAAAAGGUCACAAGUUGUACGUAAAAGAGGUGGAGUUUUUGAAACCUUAAUGCCAAAGGAAGAACACUUCUCGAAUGCCUUGUACACCUUCGACAUCGGCCAAAAUGAUCUCACUGCCGGCUACUUCUCAAACAUGUCAACGGACGAAGUUAAAGCCUACGUUCCCGAUGUGCUUAAUCAGUUCCAGACUAUAAUUCAGUACAUAUAUAGCCAAGGAGGGAGAUACUUUUGGAUACACAACACAGGUCCUGUUGGGUGUCUGCCAUAUAUAAUGGACCGAAUCCCAGUCUUAGCAAGCCAAAUCGAUGGACACGGAUGCGCGUCUCCAUUCAACGACGUCGCCCAGUUCUUCAACCAGGGAUUGAAAAAGACUGUGGAACAGUUGCGCAAAGAUUUGGCCGAUGCAUCAAUCACCUAUGUCGAUGUUUACUCGUUGAAAUACUCACUGAUUAGCCAAGGAAGAAAGCAUGGGUUCAAACAAGCUCUUAGAGCAUGCUGCGGGCAUGGUGGGAAGUACAACUACAACAAGAACUUGGGGUGUGGAGCAAAGGUUAAUAAACAUGGGAAGGAAGUGUUGGUGGGAGCUGCUUGCAAAGAUCCUUGGACUUACGUUAACUGGGAUGGGAUUCACUUCACCGAAGCAGCUAAUAAGUACAUAUUUGAAGGUAUUGUUGAUGGUUCAUUUUCAGACCCUCCAACGCCAUUGAACAUGGCUUGUUACAGGAAUUAACUUCUUUUUUCGUUUUUUAUGGGUUCAGCAAGUUUCAAAGUCAUGCUUAAGUUGAAAUUUCUUUCUUUAUGAUUAUGGCUUAUAAAAUUUUAAAGUUGGUAUU